AUGAGCUCGUCUACGGCAUUCCCACACGGCGAGGUUUUUCGAUUUUCAUUUUCAGCGAAUGGUCAACUUCUUCUCUGCAUCAGUUCUUCUCGCAUUGCUAUACUAGACGUGGCCACCGACCGAAUCGUCGUCAAGCACGAACUUAAGACUCGAAGGCGGCCACUGGGAGCUACGAUACGUAAUGAUGGCUCUCUCAUUGCUGUUUUGUCUUCCACACAUCGAGUUCAUAUCUACCAGCUUUCUGAUGAUGAAGCCAAGCAUAUCCAAGUUAUCACACUAAACGAUGCUCCAAGAGACAUCAAAUUCUCUCCGGCAGGUAGUGUACUAGCCUUGGCCUUUGAGGAUAGUAUUGAGGUAUACGCUGUGGGGGAAGAGGCUUUACCAACCGACCGUCGGGCGGUGCGUUGUCUCCGUGUCGAUGCACUUUCAUUUUCGCCUGAUGGAGCGAUGCUUCUUGGCUUCACGGCUGAAGGUAUCGUCACCAUUACUCCUCCGUUCUAUACUGAGACCGGAACGGACGCCUCACCCGAAGAACUCGAGAUGCGAAUGUGGACAACACAAAUACUCUUUCCUGAAACAAUCGGUUGCCAUAUCACCCACGCCUCCCUUAUUGCUGGUCAUGGAGAAGGUGAAGAUCAUUGGGUUAUGGGCUAUGACACACAAUUGGGCGCGUUUAGGGCGCUUCAAUUGAACAAUAAUGCGGGAAUCGUUUAUUUUGCUAGUCCAUUCUUCACGGAUGAGUCUCGGGAAAUGCGGCCAAGCAUGAGACCCGCCACGGAUGACGAGGGAGAGCUUUCUGCCUUUGGGUUUCAAGAUUCAGAACUAUGGAUAUAUGGGAUGCCUGGCUUGGGUGCUAGUGAAAUCACUGGUACCCAAAUUGGUGGUGGUCAUCAUUAUGGAGGUCGCGCGCCUCGCGACAAUCUAGCACAGCUUCAGAAGAUUGUUCAGCAACCUAAGAUCUUGAUCCGAGGGCGGCGGGUGAGUGAAAUGCACGGGAUAACAUCCGCUCAUUGGGUACGCUCAGACUCAAGGCGCCGUCGGAGACUCGUCGCGGUAGCGCCUGGUGGUGUGCGCCCACAAGUCUUUGGUGAAGAAGAUAUCCCAGUUGACGGUGGUCGAAUCCUACUCCUCGAUUUUGAGCGCUCUACUAUGAACGGUGGAACGCUUGAGCUUGAUAUCGAAGUCGGAGAAAUGACACCCAAGAUUCUCAUGGAGCCGGACUCCUCUUUAGCCACGGAAGUUGAACUUGAACGAAGGCGAACACAACUACAUCGUGGUGAUACUGCUACAGCAUUUUCGCGCCUUGGUCGCUCAGCGGUUACUCGAGAAUCCCGAGCUCUGCCGCUUCACUUCCGCCGCAACAGUCUUGCAGUUCCUACCUCGCCAAAUGGAAAUUCUCGAGGGGAAAUACUUGACCUUCCAUAUGACAAUACGCAGCCUCGUUCUAGUGAAGUUCUUCAUCGAGCCGCCACUGCGGCUGCAUCAACUCGUGGGCGAUACGACCCUCGAUAUCGUAAUUCCCCUAACUCCCGACAAAUUCCCCACGAGAGCGACGCCGAUAAUUGGGUGCCACCACCUCCUCCUUACAAGCGUGAAGCAGUGGACCCAUUGCCAGAUGAUCUACAGAGAAUGCUUCUCUCCCCAGUCAAUGCCGUCAAUUCGGCCCUUCAGCAUGAAAGAGAAGAAACAGCUCGUCUCACACAGCAACCAAUUCACCCACGCCCACAUUCGGUCACUUUACAGAGCCUAGCUCCUAUGACAGACUACAGACGCAGGGGAGAUUCCAUUGGCAGAGAUUUUAACUCAGAACAACUGGUCCCCCAAGACUCAUUCACAAACGAUCUCUCACCAGGACACCAUGGACCUGCUUCACACCCAGCGAUCCAACCUACCACACCUACGGUCGCUGUAUAUCCAGCCCAAGUGCCUCCUCAAGAGAACACCAUGCCUCUCCCAUACUUGAGGGACUCGGCACUGGGCGAUGCACUGGGCGACGCCUACUUCCCAUACUCUGUAUCAUCACCAAACCUUCUCCACAUCCCACAGCCAUAUGAAGAUGGACAGGACACUGCAGCAGAUGAUGAGCAUGAGAUACCACAGAGGCAGCGGUCUUUCCACAGGCGGGUUUCAACCGAACCCACUAGCUUACCGCCACCCACAAACGAGGAAUGGCGCCGGCGUAUUCAGGAUUGGAAUGAUAACACAAUCAAGGAGCGAGGUCGUAAGCGAAGGGGGAAGUGCCAUAUCAUGUAG